AGUCACAGCUUACAUACAUAGCUUAAAACUAUUUUUGAAAAGCGAUAAUUCGAUAAUAGUAAAAAAGCCAUCUCUAAGAGGCCAGUGUUGGACAACGUCACUCUGGGCCAACACAUGUCCGCGCCGGCUUCUGAAUUGCGAAUUUGGACAUUGCGAAUUCAUUCAUUUUUGUUGCGAACCGCUGUCACAGAAUGUCGCUGCAAUUCCAAAACGACUGCGGAGAUUCCGUGAAGCAGGCGAUCAUCGAGGAGCUGCAGAACCUCCUCAGCUCGGACACGGGUGUCUUGCAGCAGGCGGAGAAGCGGACGAAGCAGCUGGAGUACACAGAAGGCUAUGGCGUCUACCUGUCCGAGAUCAUCAUGAACCAGGCGCACGAGCUGCCACUGCGCCAGAUCGCGAUCGUGAUGCUCACCCGCUACGUGGAGAACCACUGGACGGAUGACCAGGAGGCGGGCGGCAAGGCCAAAGGGUGUAUGGCCAGCGAGCAGGCGAAGCGCACCAUCCGCAACAUCCUUCCCAACGGACUGUACGACCCGAACUCCAAGAUCCGCUCCUCUGUGGCGCACACCAUCUCCACCAUUGCGGCCACAGACUACCCACACAGUUGGGCCGAACUGUUCGACAUCAUCGUGAAGUGCCUGGGCGGCAACGAGGACUCCAUACACGGAGCCAUGCAGGUCCUGCAGGACUUCACCUACGACGUGGAGCAGAUCAAGGAACUGGGACCGGUGGUCAUACCCGAAGUCUAUCGCAUUUUUGAUUCAGAGCAAAAUUACUCGAUCAAAACCCGCGUGUCGGCAAUCCGUAUUUUGAAGCCCCUGUUCGCAUCCAUUGCCACACUGAUCACCAACAAGGAAGAGCAGAGCACCAUGAUGAGCUCCAUUCUGACCAAUUUUAUGGACAAGCUUAUGCAUUACCUGAGCAUGAAUAGCGGCGCCGGAUCGAGUUUCCUUCUGCGCUCUGAGAUCAUCAAGGUGUUUACCCACUUGGUCAACGAGACGCCCAAGUACAUCCACCCCUUCAUGGACCGCGUUUUGCCUAUCAUCUGGCAGCUGCUCACACAGAUAGCCGAGACCUACGUGAAGGUAUCGGUGAACCAGACCGAGUCGAAUCCUCUGGCCAGCGGCGACAGCGAGGAGGAUGACGAGCAGACCAAUUUCCAAACGCUAAUCAUCCAGAUCCUUGAGUUCAUCAACUGCAUCCUGACUUGCAGCAAACUGCGCAGCUGCAUAAAGAAUGUGCUAGCCGAUCUAAUCUACAUCACGAUCGUGUACAUCCAGCUGAGCGAGGAACAGCUGGAGGACUGGCAGGACGACCCGGAAAAGUUCGUGGACGACGAAGAUGAUGGCGGAGUGGAGCUGACAGUGCGCAUGUGCGGCCGCGAUAUUCUGCUGGCCAUUAAUGACGAGUUUGGGGCCAAGGCCAUUCAGCCAUUGCAAGAGGCUUUGGGCAGGCACUUUAGCGUGGCCGAGGCGGAGAAGGCGGCCAACAAUCCCAACUGGUGGAAGAUUCAGGAGGCCUGCAUGGAUGCCGUGCACAGUUUCCGCGACAUCAUCCUCCUGGGCGACACCACAUUUGACCUACUGAACUAUUUGACCAUAGUUCGGAAUCUGCUUGUGCACCAGGAAUCACCGCCUCUGGUGGGCCGCGCCCUUUGGACACUGAGCACCUACUCCAAGUCGGACCUCUACAAUCCACAGAUGUUGGCCGAGAUACUUGAUGUCACGCUGUGCAGCCUGUCGCCGGAGAAGUCGCACAUCCUGAGGAUCAGUGCUGUACGCACUCUUAACGAGUUUCUACAGGCGAACGAGACGAGCGAGGGGGAGAAGCGCACUUUAUUGGUGUCCAAGCUGCCUGGAUUCUUGGACGGAAUCAUGGCUUUGGUGCCGGGCUGCAAGGCCGCCGUGUUGGCCCUACUAAUGGAGGCCUUGACCAUUAUGGUCAAAUUCGAUGCUGAGUUCGCCUUUGCUGGCCAGGCCAAGAUCACGCCUUUGACCAUUGCCGUAUUCCUUAAAUACACGGAGGAUCCGUUUGUGCUGGAAACGGUCCAGGAUCUCAUCAAAGCGCUGUGUCAGCGCAAAGAGUGUCUCGGACCGCUUCAGGAGAAGUUCAUUCCCACCAUCGUUAGCAUUCUGGGGCUGACAGGAGCGGCUUCCACGGAGAAGCAGGACAUUGCCCUGGACGUUCUCAACACAAUCGUGCGCUACACGGAGCCGCCGCUGAGCAACCCCCUGCUGGAGACGGCCUUUCCCGCCGUGAUCAACUGCGUCUUACACACUGACGACCAUGCCGUUAUGGUUGCCGGCGGCGAAUGCCUGCGCAGCUUCAUCAACGUCUCCCCGGAGCAGAUCUGCAGUUACAAGAACGGCGAGGGCAUCAAUUGCAUCAUGCAAGUGGUGGCCACGGUUCUGCUAAAUCCAAUGAACAGCGAAAUGACGGCCGGCGGUCAAAUUGGACGCCUCGUCAUCACCAUUAUCACCAAGAUGGGCAGCAUGCUCGGCCAGAAUGUGGACAUGCUGCUGAAGGCUGUGAUUAGCAAGAUGCAGAACCUCGAGUGCCUAAAAGUUAUCAUGAAUCUUGUUUUGAUAUUCGCACAUCUGUUCCUCACGCAAAUGGACGCGGUGCUCAAUUUCCUGUCCACUGUUCCCGGACCAAACGGUGAGCCAGCGAUGCAGUUUGUGCUCACCAAUUGGCUUUCACGCCAGAACUCCUUUUUCGGGACCUACGAGCGAAAGGUCACCACAAUGGCUCUCUGCAAGCUGUUUGAGUAUGGAGUGGCCACACAGGACAACCGCUUGACCACAAUAACCUUCAAAGAGUUGGUGGACGACCCCACAGAUACCCGCAGACGUACUCGCUCUGUGGCGGCUGCAACCCAAAAGUGGGUCACCAUUCCGGCGCUCGUCAAGAUCUUCAAGGUGUUGAUCUCUGAGUACCAGCAUUUCCAGGAGGGCAAGACGGACGAGCCGCUUACGGACAGCGAGGAGGAUGGUGAGGAUGGGGAGGAGCCCGGAACUCCGGGCAAGCCGCGCUACAUCUCCGAUCUGUUCGAAUCGGACGAGGACAAUGCCGAGGACGAACAGCAGCUGCAGGAGCUGCUCAAGGAGAUCAACUACCAGGGCGACAUUACCGACAAUCUGCAGAAGUUCCUAACAACCUUCGCGCAGAACGAGCACUUCCCCACUUUCUAUGAACACCUAACCGAGGGCGAACGCCUUAAUUUGCUCACCAAGGUGCAGCAGAAGUAGUUCUCAGCAGGCGAAGAAAUCGCUUAAUUUUUAUAUGUUGUGUUAAUCGUAUUUAUAUGUUGUUGCUGACCCUUGGAUUAAAUACACAUUGCUAUAUUUUCUAAUUAA